UGCCGGAGCCGCUGUGCCGGUUGGACUGUCCCGGGGGCUGCGGAGCCGGCGCCGCUGGGCGGGCGCGGGAGUGAUCCGGCGUGAAGCUUCCGUGGCCCUGCCGCGCCGCCUCGUCCUGCCCAUCUUCCCGCGUACUUCCCAGGACUCCGUCGUGGCGCUCUGGGCCUCGAGUUCGGCGCGUUGGCCCCCGCAGCGGUCGGAGCUGGAGUGGACUAACAGGACAGCGGCAGAGAAAGCUGGCAGGCAAGCAGAGAGAUGGCGACGGGCGCAGACGUGCGGGACAUCCUGGAACUGGGAGGCGUAGAGUCAGAGAACACAGGCACCAUCAACAAAAAGGAUAUCAUCAACUCAGAUAAGAAAAAAUCCAAGAAGUCUUCAGAGACAUUGACAUUUAAGAGGCCAGAAGGAAUGCACCGAGAAGUUUAUGCACUCCUCUACUCUGACAAAAAGGAUGCACCUCCACUGCUGCCAAGUGAUACAACUCAAGGAUAUCGAACAGUCAAAGCAAAACUGGGGUCCAAGAAAGUCCGACCUUGGAAGUGGAUGCCUUUCACCAACCCAGCAAGAAAAGAUGGAGCGAUGUUCUACCACUGGAGGAGAGCAGCAGAAGAAGGGAAGGACUACCCUUUUGCCAGGUUCAAUAAAACAGUGCAAGUACCUGUCUACUCAGAGCAGGAGUACCAGAUGUAUCUCCAUGACGAUGCGUGGACCAAAGCUGAGACAGACCACCUCUUUGACCUGGCCCGACGUUUCGAUUUGCGUUUCGUGGUGAUCCAUGACCGCUAUGACCACCAGCAGUUCAAGAAAAGAUCAGUGGAGGACCUGAAGGAACGAUAUUACCACAUCUGUGCCAAACUGGCUAACAUUCGUGCAGCUCCAGGCACAGACUUGAAAAUCCCUGUCUUUGAUGCUGGCCAUGAGAGGCGAAGGAAGGAACAGCUGGAAAGGCUGUACAAUAGGACACCAGAACAGGUGGCAGAAGAAGAAUACCUCAUCCAGGAGCUCCGCAAAAUCGAAACUAGGAAGAAAGAGAGAGAAAAGAGAACCCAAGACCUGCAGAAGCUCAUCACAGCUGCUGACACCACCACUGAGCAGAGACGUGCUGAGCGCAAGGCUCCCAAGAAGAAACUACCACAGAAGAAGGAGACAGAAAAGCCUGCUGUUCCUGAGACUGCUGGCAUCAAGUUUCCUGACUUCAAGUCUGCAGGUGUCACGCUACGAAGCCAGAGGAUGAAACUGCCAAGCUCGGUGGGACAGAAGAAGAUUAAAGCCCUGGAGCAGAUGCUGAUGGAACUCGGAGUAGAUCUCAACCCUAUGCCUACAGAGGAGAUCGUGCAGAUGUUCAAUGAGCUGCGAAGUGACCUGGUGCUGCUGUAUGAGCUGAAGCAAGCCUUUGCCAACUGUGAAUACGAGCUGCAGAUGUUACGGCACCGCUACGAGGCUCUGGCCAAGGCUGGUAGUAUUGGCCCCCUCAGUGCAGAAGGCGCCCAUCCAGAUGGCCAGGCAGGGCUUGGCAUCGAGGAGGGCAAGGGAGAUGUCAAGGACCAGAUCAUUGAUGUAGUAGGAGCACCACUGACCCCCAACUCGAGGAAAAAUGAAGAGUCAGCCUCCAGCUCCUCCUCCACCAAGAAGGUGAAGAAGCCGUGAGCCUCCUGUGCUGGGUGAGGAGGAGGUGCAGAGCUGUGUGCAGGGUCAGUGCCACCUUGUUCCAGAGCCUCCCAGGAACAGCUGAGGAUGCUGGCAGGACUGGGGCCUUGGGGCAUACACUGCAGGAGCCAUGCCCUGUCCAGCACCGUGCCCCAGCCCCGUCCCAUUUCCAGAGGAGUGUGGCCUCCACACACCUGUGGCAGGUGCCAAAUGGCAACUCUAGGGCUGUGCAGGGCUCACCUAAGGCUGCCCCAUGGCUGCUGGUGCUAGCAGUCAUUUGUUAUGGGGUUGGGUUUUUUUUUACAUGCCAGAUUUUUCUGAACAUCCCUGUAAAUACAUUACUUGUACCAGAGCAGAGUCAUCAUUAGCUUUGGUGAGCUCACAUGGAGCAGGAGGAAAUGGUCUGAGCUGUCUGGUCUCCAGCAUGGGCAGGCUGGGUGCUGCUAGCUCUACUGGGAGCCCUGGCUGCCCAUGGCUCUCCCUGAGCCCAUCUCCCUCAGUCAAGCAGUGACAGCAGGGGUUGCUGCAGGCCUUGCUGCCUUAGGGCCUGCCAGCAUCAGCUUCAGGCUGGGGAGUUCCCUGUGGCAUCCUGUGUAUUUUGUCCUCAUGUAGUUCCUGUCCUCCAGCAGCUUGUGUAUCCUCCAUGCCUGCAAGCACUGCCUCCGUGGGGUGCAGGGAUGCCCCUGCUAGGAAGUGCUCUGUUGUCCCCACUACUCACCACUGGGCCCAGUUCCUCCUCCUGCUCCCCUGCUCAAGGCAGGUGGACACCUCUGACUUCAGUCUGCAGGAAGGGGACUUCUGCUUCCUACCCCCCAUUUUUUGCAGGGACCCUGGAAGGGCUGAGGCAUUGCAGAGCCUGGAUUUGUGCAGUGCCCACUGUGGGCAUGGGUGGUCCUGACUCCUGCCCCCUGCAUUCCCUCCACCUGCCUUUCAAGUGUAACUGGCAAUCGAUUUGCCCUGACAACGUCCUCUGAGUCACAUUCGUGUCUGCAGAAGAAAAGGGCAAAGGCCAAGUUCUUAGUUUUCAUAGAAAACUAAUUAGACGACUCCAUUGUAGAUAGGUCAAUAAAGCUGAUGGGGGCUGCACAGAGGGAGCCAUUAAAACCCCUGUGACCUUU